GCAAGCGUCCCGGCCGAAGGUUUCCUAAUCCUUGCGAUAAGAUACCUAAAUAACAACAAAUCAGUAUAUAAGCGAUGUUAUGGACACAAGAGUCCAACUCAACACUGUAAGCAACAUGAAUGUGACAGCAGUGGUAGUGUCAGUGGUGGUGGCGCUGGUGGCACACGCGUCGGGGGCGACGAUACCGCAGGUCGGCGAGCUCCUCGAAACCAAUUACCACGAGGUGGCCGGCAUUCCCGCCGCGGCACGCAUCAAGUGCGGUGAAGAGGCGCAGGACUUCGACGGGGCACGCAUCGUGGGCGGCUCGGCGGCCGGCGUCGGCGCAUACCCACAUCUGGGUGGGCUGGUGAUCACGCUGACGACGGGCGCUACAUCGGUGUGCGGCUCGUCGCUGCUGUCGACGACUCGCGCGGUCACGGCGGCGCACUGCUGGCGGGACUCUCGCAACCAGGCGCGCCAGUUCACGGUAGUGCUGGGGUCGACACGGCUGUUCUCGGGCGGCGUGCGCCACAACACCAACACCGUGGCGGUGCACUCAGGCUACAACGUGCACACGCUGCUAAACGACGUUGCUAUGAUUACACUGCCCUCCGUCUCCUACACCAACGCGAUCCAGCCCAUCAAUCUGCCGAGUGGCUCGCUUGCUAGCAGCAAUUUCGCAGGCACGUGGGCGCAGGCUGCCGGCUUCGGAAGAACCAGUGAUAAUGCGGGUAUUAGCAACAACCAAUUCCUGAGCCACGUGAGCCUGCAAGUGAUCACGAACGCCGUCUGCCAACAAACAUUUGGUAACACGGUGGCCGCGUCGACGCUGUGCACGAGCGGCGCCGGCGGGCGCAGCACGUGCAGCGGCGACUCCGGCGGCCCGCUGUCAAUCAACAGCGGCGGGCAGCGCGUACUGAUCGGAAUAGUGUCGUUCGGGUCGUCGCGCGGGUGCCAGCUGGGCCUACCUGCCGGGUUCGCGCGCGUCACAUCUUUCGCCUCAUGGAUACAGUCGCGACUGUAAAGCCCCUGUGUCACGACCACAGGCUACUACAUCAUAUAACAACUUCCCACUAGCGACCCACAAGUUCCUAUUAGCUGUAUUUACUUUUAAGCAAAUAUACUUACGA